UGGAAAACACUGCCCAUUGCCCUCCGCACCCGAUCACAAGAUUAACAAGGUCAACGCUGUUUUCCUCCAGACCCCUCCACCGCCGACCUACCCGUCCCUCAAGAAGAGCGCCUCUACCCUGGGAAGGGGUCACAAGCUCACAGGUGUCCUCUCUGGAGGAUCUCGCCAGAUUCUCAUUCUGGGCGUCUGAACUCAAACUUUGGAUCACAUUCUAUGAUCGCCCUGAACCACCAUGACUAUCUCAGUGUUCUACUGUCUGUGGUACGGCUGCCAUCUGGGGGUAGUGCUGUUAGAGGUGUUCAACGGCCUGGGUGUAAGCAGCCCGGUCCUUUCCGCAGAGAAAUACCCCAGGAGGUCACCCCCGGGGAGAGAUCUCCACGAGAGCCCUCUCCAGUGGAGGACCCAUGACCUAGAGGCCCAGGGCCUCCUCACACAGCUUCUGUCCACGCUGAACCUCACCGAGCAGGGGCCCCACAGGACAAGGCCCCGCACGGCCCCAGAAGAGACGGCCGACUAUAUGUUGGAGCUCUAUAACCAGUUCGCCGAAGACUUCAGUGCAGUGCCCUCGGCCAGCAUUGUGCGGAGUUUCAAAAAUCAAGACUCCUCCCCCUACAGAGUGACAGCUGGAGGAACACGGAUAUACCCCCUCUUGUUCAACCUCUCUGUCCCCCACCACGAACACGUAAGAUUAGCUGAGCUCCGUCUCUACACCGCCGUGCGCCACUCCAUAUCAAGCACACACUCCGCCAUUGACCGCAAGGUGACCGUAUACAAAAUUCACGAGGGGGACCUUUCAACAAAAGAGGCGGUCACAGGCCAGAGAAGGAGAGGGGAUCAAGGGGUGGUGUCGGAGAUGGAGCGACUGGCCACCAAGCGGAUCCAUGCCAAAGGUCAUAACUGGAUGUCAUUUGACCUGACUCAUGCCGUGAACAUGUGGCUGUCGUCUGGGUGUGCAGGGACACACAGACUGGAGGUUCACGUCGAGAAGCCCCCGAGGUACGAAGAAGAGAAGGAGGAGGAGGAAGAGGGCAGGAUGGCAGCAGAGGGGACAGAAGAAGAAGAAGAGGAGGAGGAGGAGGAGGAGGAAGAGGACGUCGUCAUCGAGCGAAACGUAGAAGGCAACCGCAACGCGGUGAUCGUUGUGUUCUCGGACGACCCGGCCAGCGAUCGCAAACAGGAUAGGAAAGAUCCGAGCCGGAAGACAGAACAGGAAAAUCUCCUUCCUGACGACCUGGACCAGCAUAGCGUCUGGGAGGCUGUCGAUGACAACGUGGGCCACACUUCCCAGAAACACCCAGAUAAACAAUCCCACUCCCACCACCACCACCAGCAGCAUCAGCAGCAGCAGCAGCAGCAGCAGCAGCAGCAGGCCCCGCCAACCAGAGUCCGCCGCGGCGCCAAAACCGAACCCUGCAAGCGCGCCCCACUUUACGUGGACUUCAAGGACAUCGGCUGGGACCAGUGGGUGAUCCAGCCGCUGGGCUACGAGGCCUACGAGUGCAACGGCGUGUGCAGCAUGCCCAUGACCUCCGAGGUGUCCCCCACCAAGCACGCCAUGGUGCAGACCCUGCUGAGCCUCCGGCGCCCGCAGAAGGCCUCCGCCGCCUGCUGUGUGCCCACCCGGCUGGACUCCAUCCCCCUGCUGUACCACGACAACGGCGUGGUCACGUUCAACCACAAGUACGAGGGGAUGGUGGUGGCCGAGUGCGGAUGCAGAUAGUUCUGGUGGACAACACUUCGCACCGUCAAAAAUAUAAAAAUAAAUGAAUAAUAGAAAGCAUCACUUAAACUUCAACAGCGCUUACUUUAUAUAUAUCAAAAUAUUUAUAUAUAUAUAUAGAAACAUACCCAAGAUUUGCUGCUUCUAGCUAUAGAUAAAUAGUAUUAGUAUCGUAGUAUAGAAUAGUAUAUAUUUUUUUAUUCUGUGUCAGAUCAUCUCGAAAUGAUGACUUUACUUUUUCUCGGCUGCUCGUAAGACAAUGCAAGCAAACAUUAGACGCAGCAUGGAGGACAAAGGUCUGUGCUGAAAUAGAUGUUUAGGGCGCCCCCCACCAGGGUCUCUUAUCCCUCAGGGCUCUGCCAUCUAUGCACAGAGAGCUGCCUUGCAGACGCAUUAGUACACUCGCUUCCGGAACAACCCUGCGACUCCCUACCAGGCCAUGACUUGAGUGUGGCGAACCCCGCCGCCCCGGCCUCCACCCCCCCUUCACCUCCUAGGGCCACAUGCCACGCGAUCCACUCUCUGCGCCUCACUCCUCACUCCUCACCCCCCCCAUUCCCCUCUUCCCCGCCCUCCAUGUUAGGCGAUAAGGAGGUGUCAGAACCUGCAGUCCUGUAGACCAUCACUCAGGAUGAGCCGCCCCCCCAACCCCCCCAAAGUGGACAGCGGGGCUGGAGAGGGUGGUGUCACAUGGGGCCUCAAACACCAGCGGCAGGUCUUAUACUGGGUAGAGCUAGCCAACGAGCGCGUUUGUAUGGCGUGACUCCGCCAACUUCCUUUUUUACUGACACGGGCACGGGCUUUGAGGCCCCCCCCAUAUCAACACCAUGGCAACCGGAUAACUGGAAAACAAAAAACCAGUCAUAUUAUCGCUGGUUGGGCUUGUGCUGUUAACAGUUGGAAGUGGAUAAGGACAGGGGAUUAGCAUUGUGGAACAUUUGAACUGCAUGGGAUUCUUCAUGUAUCAAGAUUUGUUCGUGCCAAGUGUACAUAACGAAGCCGUCAUCCCACAGUUGGGCUUUUAGUUUGAUAUGCAUUUGCAUGUGGGAUAUUAUAUUUAUUGAUAACCAAUGGGGAUAGAAUAUCUCAGUUUAUCUUAUGAGAAUUUUAAAAGAUGGUACGCUGGCAAUAUAUGAGAU